CUCCAAGUAUAAACUGUUUUGUAAAACUUGCUAUCAAAUAUAAUCUUUGAUGAACGUGUAGAUAAUAAAAAAAAAUCAUCAAAGAUUUGCUGCGUAUUCAGACUAAAUUGAUUUCAUUACUAAAGUACGAUGAUAUUUUAGCGUACGCUUCUUUCGUUAUUUAUUUUAUUGGCGUACAGCGUUAUAACGGGUUUUUUUUUCACGCGUUCCUCGUCGUAACAAGCCAACGGCACUCGUGACGGUUGCGGCUAUAUUAAGCGAAACGUAAGGCGAUUACCGUCGUAUUUUUCAUGACAAGUAUUCGAAGUGGGCGUUUGCACGCAUGUGCGCCCAGGUACGAGUGCGCGGAUACGCACCAUAUAUACACACACAUACAUGUACACACGGGGCAUACAGGUCGCGCGCACGAAGCACCUUUCGGUGCAGAGGGCGCGUGAUGUUUUUUUUUCCUCCUCCGCGCUCUGCGAGCAGUCGUGUCCAAUAUGGCGUGCGUGUUGUGAACGAUGUUAAUGUGCAGGUAAGUCAAAUAAUGUGCGUCCUGUCUUGCGUAUAGUUUGCACACGACGAUCACCUCGACGAUGAGAGUAAAGUGAGCGCGACGGACUCUUCGCAAAUACGAGCGAUUUACACAGGGAUAACGAUUAAGUAUCGCGUGUGAUAUCAAUCGUGGUGUCAAUCGAACAACUUUCAAGGUCCGGCCAGCAAGGUGCGUUUCCACUUAUGCCAGGUACGCGCGUAUAAAUUACGCACCGUUAUCGUGCCGCGUACGAUACACGACGAAUGACAGCAAUAACGUUCGGCUGCUUAUCAUGGUAAACACGCGUACGACGAAGGGUACAGCGCGAUCUAGGCUAAUUGUAACAAUGGCUACAACACUGGGGUAAAUAUGGUGUCACCUGUGGGUCGGUCUGUCUCGGUACCGUCUCGACUCGACUCUAACUCCGGUCUAUGGAUUGAUGACAGAUCCGACGUUUUCUCGAUUUCGACGCGUGACGUUCCGUAUCACGUAGCUAGAUAUGUGUAACAUGUUGCGAAAUUUGCAUCAUAAUGAAGACACAUUUGGCCAUACUGAUAAACAUGGUCCCGUGCGCCAAAGGUGUCAAAGAAAUAUGUAGCCUCCUGCUCUUAUUAGUUGGACACAUUUUCCUGUGAAUAAGGAAAACAAUGUAAUCACACAACAAAAUAAUAGCAAAACAAUGUACAAUGAACUACAGUGGAAAUAUGCCAGAUUGGCAUCAAUAUAAUCCCUCGCAAUCAGGAAUAAACGACGUAACAUCUACUGCUCAAAAUGUCAAUUCAGGACACUUAUCGUUUAUUUCCAGUAUUAGUCCAACCUGUUCGACACAAUUGAAUAGCUUAAAUCUCAGUUCUGAGGGAUUCGAGAAACACCAAAGUGAUCCUAAUUUUAAUCCGAGGCAUUUCCAGCCACAUUUGUCAAGUAACAUUUCGCAUGGGCACAAUGCCGCUGCUGACAAUACCCCUCUGGCGUCAAUGGUACAAAUGCAAAACUGCAUUGGUCAUUAUGGACCUUCGAAUACAAGGAAUCCCAUGGUGGAUAAUUCUAUGGACCCGAGAAACGCCCCGAUAGGCGGUUUAAACGAGGAACUAGGUUAUAGAAACAAUCAGGUGCCUUUAAACGGGCCUAUAUCACAUAUGAAUGGACCAAACGUGAUGAAUAUGAAUGCACCGUCGCACGGAUCUAUAGGACCACGAAACACCAAUGUAAAUUCGCAUGCCGCUAGCAGAACGGCGGGUCCGUCAGGUCCUCCGCCGUCCUAUGUUCCCUGCAAGGGAUUGUGUUGCAAUCCGGAUCCUAAUAUAGGUUAUCAGCAAUGGGAAAAAUAUUGCUCCUAUCAGAACAAUGCGACUUACAGGGAGAACAUUCGCUCGUCCGCCGGAUAUCAAGCGGACGCCCGACGAUUCAACAGCGAUUUCAACUUCAGGAAGGAUAAUUUCGACGGAAAGGAGGUUCUAUCGCCCGUCGUACCACCGCCUAACGGGCCUAAUGUGGAUCACCGGAGAAAUUUUCCCGAUUUCAAGUAUCGCAAGGAUCGUUUGCUCACGCGAAAUUAUCCGCCUUCCUCGGGCAUGUUGCAGAACUAUCCUAUGCAAAGCUACAAUUACACGGGAGAGUAUCAGAAAUAUUCCUACAAUGUUAAAGAAUAUUCUAAGAUGAGCGGUAUGAAUGUACCGAAUCAGGGGAUGGUUAAACAUCAAGAGCAAAGCUUUGCAAUACCUCAACAAAAGUACAACAGUAAGCAAGUAUCGUAUCAAAACAACGGCGGCACUAUGAUGCAGAGCAGCAUGCCGUCCGCCACGAAUGUGCCGAAUCCGAAUAUGAUUCCAUCCGCGCAGAAUACCUAUUUUAAUUCGCAAUACCCGAGGAAUCUACCGACGGAGAAUACGCACGACUGUCAAGAGACUGCCACCGACAACGUAUCCAUGGUGAAUAGAAUGCAGGCGUCGACCAUGCAUGCUCCUCCCCCUCAUCCACGAUAUCACAUAUAUCAGCAGAAGAUGGCAAUGCAGAGAUUCUCGAUGGAAAAUCAUCUCAGGGAGCUGAUGAGGAUACCUGGGUAUCAAUCACAUCCCAAGUAUAAGGAAUACGCUCAUAGGUACAGAGAAUUAUUGAAAUCACAGCAGUCCAUCACAUAUCAAGGACCAAUUCAGCAGACUCCGCCGUGCGUCACCGCUUCGACUGUCAACAAUACUUCCACCAUCCCACCCAUAAACUUACAGUUCGAUCAAAAUGGCGUUUUGAUUAAUUCCAAUUACAUACCCGAAGCUUUUCCCAGAAUACAACAAGCGCCACCAGUGAAUCCUCAGGCGCCGCUGAACAGCUUGGCGGAUAAGCAAGCAGGCAAGCAGGAUGGCAACAGUAUCCCCGAAAUAGCAAAUCACAAUGUCCAAAAGCCGGAGCGAUUGAUCUCGCAGCAGCAUAACAACGGCGGUCUCACGGCGGCUGUUCUGUGCUCGGAAAACGUUCAAAAGCAAGACGAAUAUUCUGCGCAAAAAAGUCUCGAUCAGAGCCAGUUUGAAGUGCAGAAAACGGGAAGCGAGAACUUCAAUAAUUUAAAUACAAACGCGGGCAACACGGUUAUACGACAAUAUCCAAAGAAAAUAUCCAAAGAAUUCGCCGACAAGCCGGAAUUGGAUGUACGACAAUUCCUGGCUAAUUGGGACGAGUCGGAAGACGAAGACGGCUCGAGCAACAACUUGCCAAACGCUAUUUUAAGCAAUUCGACGCCAGUGGUUGUUGUGGGUUACGAGAAUGUGAAUCUCUCGGCGAAAACGUUAGAAGAUCUAAACGGCUCCAAGUCGGAAGAGAUCACGUCGAACGUGAUAACGUUCGAAAAUCAAGAUAAGAGCGGCAACAUCGAUGUGGUACCCGCGCAGGACUGUCUGACGAUAUCGUACUCGGCCGCGGAGAACAUCGAGAUGGCCAAGGAUUCAACGUGCAAGGAAAUCAUAUCGAAAGAGAAUGUCGUACGACCGGGAAGUCAUAUCAUACAGUGCAUAAGCAACGGACCUGACGAAGUACCAACGAUACACAUAGUCGAUAAUCUGGAAAUAGGUAGCAUUUUGCAGGUCGCUAACGGUCAAACGGUUGCCGAAACUCUAGAGAGACAAGAAGCGGUGUCAUUCUUUCGAGAGGGAACGGAAGUCACAGCGAGUACAAUAACUCUCGAAGUUGAUAAGAAAACCGACGGUGAAUCCACUUCAACCGAAUACAACGCUGAAACGCUGAGCAAAGACAUCAUCAAAGGUUCCUCUCCUUCUAGAACAGUGGAGGAUACGUCGCAGACAUCACGGAUAAACAAUCCGGAAAUGGCGGCCACCUUGCCUACAUCUAUGAAGGAUAACAACUUGGACACCGCUCAAGACAUGAAUCUGAAGAAGCAGAGCAGUUUCGCGAGCGAGGAAUCUCAUAAUCCGGAUGAUAUAAGUCUGCCGGAUCUACCUACAUCCGAGUGCACCCCGAUCUCCACCACGCUAAAUACGCCCAUUCAUUCCGACAAUGAGGAGUCGUCGGAAUCUCAUGUCGAUGAUCUCACGAUAUCGACGAAUCCGAUAGAAAUUAUACAGAACAGUCCCAUGAUCAGUUUCACGCAAUCGCCGACGAAUGGUGAGCCCUAUGAUCACUUGAGCGACGAGCGGAAUAAAUCAAGCGAUUCGUCGGAAAAUAAAUAUCGAGCGGGGAAUCAUUUCAAGAACGACCGAAGUAAUAAUAUGCUGGAUCAUGACGUUCUUGACACAUUUGAAUUUUCCACGAAUAUUGAUAAGAACGAAUCGACGAUGAUUGCAAAAAACGGUAAGGAACAUGCGAAUACAAAUGAAAAUUCGAAAAAUAACAAUGAGAAAGUAUUCUUACUGCAUGAUGAAACGGAAAACGCGGAGGCCACCGAUAUGCGUAUGACAUUGACCUCUGCGAGUGAAUAUGAAUUAAAGAUCAUGUCAACAGGAAUGCAGCAGAAUAAGUCGACGCGGAAUAAUAAAAAUUCAACGAUCACCAAGCGUCACGCAAAUGAAUCUCAAGCCACCUCCUCGGCGGUAAGCCCGGAUGCUCCUAAACAAUUACUUCAGGAAACAAAUGCGAAAACCAUUCGAUAUGCUAACUCGAUGGAAUUAAAUAAUAUUGCAUUGCAAAAUAUUACGAGAGAUCCGGACCCCAUUGAACUUGAUGGCGGUCGAGAUAUUAAUUAUUCUGAAAAGAGAUGUAUGUCAACUUGUCAAACAAUAACGACGAAUACGAUAAGUUCAUUACCGACAAAUGACAUCGCACCGAAGAAUUCCAGAUCAGCGGUAGAAGAUGGUUGUUCGACGAAGAUUGUAAAAAGUAACUCGUCUAUAUCGCAUAGUACAAAACAUUCGAUUUUAAGCAGCGAUAAGUCGAGAAAAUGCGAGACAUUUACGGGUGAUAAAUUUGCGAAGGAGGAUUCCCUUUUGGAAAAAAACGCCAACGCUAACAAAGCAGUAAAGAUCGAUGAGAAAAACUCGAAAAAUUCCCGACACGUAACGCUUAUGGAUCAUAAAAAAUCAAUUUCGGGCAAUCAAACAAUUUCUCGCAAGAAAAGAUGUUUGUCCGAAAAUACGGCGGAUAAAUUAUGCGGCGAAACAAUUAUACAUCACAAUAAAUAUACUCAAGAAGCGGCAACGCGCAAGGACAAAUCCCGCCCCGUCGAAAGCUUCAAAGAAUCUAAUAUUUCGUAUAAUAAACCAAGAGUGAUUGAUAACGUUAGUAUUGAUGAUAGCGGAGAAAGAAUGCGUCUUCUAAAGGAAUACAGAAGAAUGAAGCACAAAUCGUCUACCCUUGGGCUACAGAAUAAAAAUAAAGAUACACAAGAAAGCUUUGAUACAGCAAACGAGAAGCUUCAUUCUUCGCCAAAUCCUGAAGAAGCGUUGCAAUUACCAAGCAAUAAACAGCUAUAUCAGAAGGACGUAGCGAGGCUCAAGUCAUCCGAGGAACAAGAGAAAAAGCGUGCCAGUAUCCUGAAGACAUUUGUAACUAAGAAUAUAAACCCCGACUUCGCUAUUCAAGUUACGAAUGUCAAUUUAAAACUUAAGGAUAAUGAUCAUCAGAAAGAAUCGCAGCAUUUGGAAGAGGAGGCGAAGAAUAGUGGUCCCCUUGACGCGAUUAAGAUUGAAAUAAACGUGUCGUGCACUGAACGGAAUACAACGGAGAAGCUUUUACAUGAGAAUAUCAAGAAUGCCGUCGCUGAAACGAUCGGCCAUUUGACUAAUUCGAUCUCGAACGGAGUUAGAUCGAAUUCCACAAGUAUAACGGAAAUUCAGUGCGACAAGAAGACAGCUUGCGAUAAACCGGCGGAUUGUCGCGACUACGAGAGACGCAAUCGAUCUCCAGCUACUUUAACGGAAACAUCUACGUAUACUGAGGUUCGCGAGGAUUCAAUCAACACGGAAGUGGUCAAACAUGAUGCGGUUAACACCGCAUGCAAGGAAAACUCGAAUAACGACGAAACAUCCGGCUCGCUUAAGAAGAGACGAGGCUCGUUAUUGGAAGGAAAAUUAAUCAACGAUAUAUACGAAAAAAAAGGUAACAUCGAUACCGAAGCUGAGCCGGAAUCAAACGUCUCGGAAAUUUUGAAAUCAGAGCAAGCGGCAAUCAAAAGAAGAAACCUGCACGAAGAAUCAGACAGAAAAGUCGCUGCUAUCAAUUUCUGCAGCGAGGAAUUGAAAACCUCCUCAGAUAAUUUGCCAUGCGUAGGAUCAACAUCGAAGAAUGUCAGCGUUCAGAAGAAAGAGCAUCAGGAGAUGACUGCCGCUUCUUUAUGCAGGAAUGCAAAAAGCUUCCAAGACGAUAUCGCGUCUAGAUUAAAUGCGAUUCCAUCGACUUCUUCGAGCACGGUGGAUCCCAGUUUGGAAAACGUCAAGUACGAUAAUCCCGUGCAUUUUGAUUAUAACCAUUUUGACGUUGCUCCGAACGAGAAUGCAGAUGCCAAUGCAAAGCGUAUCGAUAGGUGGAAAAGGCCAAAGCGGGAUGACGGUAGAUUCGGGAACUUUGACCUAUGCGAGACCGCCAGCGGUUAUGUAAAUCCAAACUUUUUUAGCGCGGACGAACUGGAGAACUUAAAUACUGUUCCUGUAUACACCACCAAAGACGGCAAGAUCACUUACAGCCUUAAUCCCCGAUUCACAUAUCGCGAAUUAAUCAUGGAAGCUCGCGCGAAUGAGAAUUACGAUAAUGCGCGCGAAUCAUAUUUCGCAAAAUCUCCAUCGUACGAUUAUUACAACUGUUCCAAGUUGCGAAAAGUAUUUAAAAGAAAUCGUGACGUCACUUCCACUACUGGUAGGAAAGGAGAAAUAUCGCCUGCCGACACCAAAUCUGCAUCGAGACACAUUGAUCAUUUACCGAAUAAGAAUGCCGUUCACAAAAACAGCCUUUGUGCAAAAACAUCCCGAAAUACGUCGCAUCUAGAAUUCUUCAACGAUGACGCGGACAAAUUGUACACAAGCAAGAGCAGUCAACAAGAGAGCAAGGAAAAUAACAAGAAGAAUAUCGUGGACUUGAGCUUUCUUGAAAAACAAUACAAUCUGGACAACGAAACCGCGUCCAGCGUUAAACAUUGUAAGACGAAAGUAUUGACGGAUAAUCUCGCGUACGAGAAAGAACACGGUGAGAGCUCCGUAUUCGAUUCGAAUUUAAUUCUGGCACCAAGGCUCCCUUGUUGGGAAGAGACAAUGGAGUCUAUCAAGUCGUACUCGUCCCAUAUCGACAGAAGAAACAGCGAUAAUCUUAAGGAAUUGAAUUUCGGCGAGAUAUUUGCCGCACAGAAACGGUUGGAUUCUUUCCCAUUUCUAUCGACCGAGCAAGACUCUUCUGACAACAGUAAUCGCAAGACAAUUUCUACUAUAGCGAACGAACCAAUAAUACAGCGUUCUACAUGCGAUUAUACCGAAAAUUUAGAUUCAAUCUGGGACAACGAUUCACAGUGCGAACAAUUGAAUAUUGCCCCACAUAAUAAAAAAGAAAAUGAAUGUAAUAAUCAAAAUGAUACAUUAGCAACAGACGUUAAUAAUAAAUCAGCAAACAUACUUAAUACGUCAUUGAAUAUCCAAAGAAAUGAUGAAUAUACAAAGAAGCAGGAGUUUCAAUCCGAUGAAAUUAAAUGCAAUAAUUUGUUCAUCGAAAGGGAACAAUCUCCUCCUAAAGUAGCAGAUGAGAAAACUCACGAUUCUGAAAAAAAUCAAUGUUCUACGAAUUAUGUUAAAGACGAGGAAAUUUUAACAAGAUCUCAUUUAAUGGAAGAUGCUACUCACGUUUGUUGUAUACCUGCUUCUCCAAAAGAAGAUAAAUCCAAUGCCAACGAGGAUGCAAACGCGAAACAUAUUUCAAAUGAAAGUUGUGUCGAAGUCGCAAGUCCAUUCAAAUUGUGCGUAGAAUCUAAAAAUAUGCUCGAUGAAUCAAAAUGUACAGAAACAGUAAAAGACUCUGCGCUUACUUCAAAUAAACAGGGUGAGAUCAAUGAUUCGGUGAAAGAUAAUUCGGAAUCUGCAAUAAGUCAAGAAAUUGUACAUCAACAAGAUUCGUUGGCUCUAAUCGAUCGCAAAGAUAGCGAAAAAGUUGCGCCUGUAAUAGGAUCGAAUAUUUCGACGGAAAUUGACUUUAAUCAAACAAACAGUCAAAAUGACGAAGAAAAUUCUACAGUAUGUAAAUUAAACGAACCAAUUAUCUCGCAAAAUCUAUCUGACAUUAUUUCUAUAGAGCAACCGCUUGACGAAAAAGGCGAUGAGCAGCAAAAGCCGGAAAAUGAUAAACAAGAAGCUGAAGUCUCGUCGAAGGAUCAGGGAAACGACGAGGUGGAUCAUUGUAGCACCGCGAUAAUAUCUACGCCAGCCAUUGCUUUGGAUUUACCUGCGGAAGGAAAUAUAUGUGAUUUAUUCUCGAAUGAGAAGCGCGAACAAAAUAUAUUUGCAAAUGAGGAACGCGAACAAAAUAUAUCUGAGUUCACUGUCAUCAAGAGCAUAAUUAACGGCGACGAGAAACAGCGACAAGAAUCCGAGACGAAAGAAAAUCCCGGAGAUUGCGACAUAAGUCUUGACUCCAAGUUAUUGUGCAUAGAUUCCUCCGAUUGUGGAAUUUACGCGGAGGACAGAUGUCCUUUGACCCAAAUAUCCGAGCACGAUUUCACCGAGGAAGAUAGUAUGGUGCCGAUGGAAUGGGAGACGAGCCAGAUUCAAGAAGACGCUGUCAAUCGUCUGUGCAGUAUCGACGAGACAUCGAUCGACUUUACAGGCGCGGCUAGCUCGCUACAGGAAGCUAAUUCAUUGUUAAACAAUCUGUCUCUCUCGAGAACAUCGAUCACCAAAGAGUCUCGAGUUUCGGAAACGAUCGCCGAGAUUGCCAGCAAACAGAAUGACGAGUCCGAAGUAUCAGCGGUCGAGUCGGCGCCGAUGAUUGAGGAGAUCAAAGCGACAUCGACGAGCAACGAGGAGAACAAGGAGCAGGAUCAAGUUUCUUCCAGUAGUUACGAGAAAAUGGCAUACUUGCGUACGACAGAUUGCAACGCUAACACAAAGAUAGUCCCCAAACUCGUCAUCAAGAAGAGCGAGGUCAGCUCAAAGUUUGUUACAAAAAUGAGUUCCUCUUCCGUUACGCAGUUGGAUAGUACAAUUAAUAAAUCGAUCUUCAAGCCGGGCUGUCAACCGAAGAUACCCAAGAUGAUCAUCAGAAACGCAAGAUCUCGCCCGGGCACACCGUCCAUUGAGGCCGUUCACGAAGAAGUUCCUCCUGUUCAAGUAAAUAUUUCGGAUCGGACUCUACUUACAAACGAAGAACUGUACGCGAAUGAUUCCGAGGAUUCUUUGCAAGAUUCAAAUAAUUAUAGAAACAAGAUUCCCAAAAUGAAGAUCAAACUGGACGAAAAGCAUUCUAAUAAGAUAGUGAGAACCGAGGAUACGGAGGUUUGCAUUAAACGUAAAAGCAUAAAGAAAACUGUACCAAAGGUAAAGAUAAAGAGUUCUUCGAGAAAUGAUCUGUCGGAUAACUCAGUCUGCAGUAAUAUAAUUUCUCAAGAAUCGAAAGAUACAGAAAGGUACGAGGAAAAGAUACCUGUAUUAAAAUUAAGGAAGCAGGAGAGAAACAAAUCGCCGUCUCCAGAAGUGACGCGGAAGAGACAGAGUUCAUGUCAUCCGGAAGUACCGUUAAAGAAAUAUAAGAAAUCGGGACGUGACGAGAUAGGACACUCUACGAGACGUAGUAAUUCAUCCGAUUCGAUGCGAACGGUCGCGCCGGAUUGCGAAACGAGGAAGAAUCCUUCGGUACGCAUCUCCGAAAAAAUUCCCAAAGUUAUCAUUAAGAGAACAUCCGCCAGUGCAGAAUUUAAAUGCGAAUUGAGCAAGAGUUGUAAGAAUGUUAUCGCGAAGAGCGCAAAAUGGCAACCGGAAGUCAAGCUGGAGAGAUAUCGAAUCCUGGAUAGCAUGGUGAAGGAUUUAAAAUUAACUCUGUCCUCUAUAUCACUGCGAACUAUAGAUGAAAUAUUUUCGAAUCGCAAGGACGGCGGCCAUUGUCGGGAGAAGGAAAGUGAUUAUAAAUUAUCCAGGUCGAAUUCGACAUCCGACUUGCUUCCGGUCAAGUGUAAGCAAAGAAGAAUGUCGGAUUACGAUUGCAGAAAAACCAAUGAUACGUUGAGCUUCUCACCAUCGCGAAAUUCUAGGGAUGCUAAGGCAUAUAGUACGCCGAAGAAAAAUCGAGGUAGUAAAUCAACCGAAUUCCAAAAGGAUAAUAAACGUAGAUCGAGAUCUCGCGAUAAUAAACCACGAGUGGAGAUAGACGUUACUUUGUCCGAUAAAGAAAUCAAUCAAACGUUCGAAAGAUCCAGCUCGGAGAUUACUUUGCAAUGCCACGAACACAAAUCUGAUAGUUUUGUCUUUAAUCGCGAGCAAGUGAAAAAAGCAGACGAAGAUACGAUGUUUUCAAGUAAACUUGAAAAGAAGAGUAUUUCCAUCAAGCAUUUAAACGACUCUACAGACUUCAAGCUUGCGUUAAAGGAACUGAAAACAACGUCUAAAAUGGAAACUUGUUUCGUAAAAAUGCCCGAUCUGAACGAAUCAUUUUCCGAGAAAGUCAAUUUACGAACUGACAAAGAACAGAAGGAACAAGAUGAUGAUGUUUUCUUGGAUAAGGAUGAUAAUAAAAUCGUGAUAAAGAAGGAACGACUGAGUAACUCCGAUGACGUGGACAAUAACUGCACUUUGCAGGAUGAUGUCGGUUCGCUUAAGGACGAUCCCGCAAAUAUGUUGGAUAAUUUUGAGAUGGAUAAUAACUCCGUCAUUAAAAUCGAAUCUUCGGACGAGAGUCAAUCUACGAUAGAAAUCCUGCCGGCUUCGCCGAAUGGUACUAGCGAGCUGGAGAGUCACAUGAUUGAGGACGGCGACAGCGAGCAAUUGUAUUCAGCGGACGCAAUUCCAACUCAAUUCGAGUUGGAAUUGGAGAUUACAGAUAACAGUAACCCGGAUUUGCUGGAUGUACUCAUGCCGAGACUAGAUCCUAUCACUGGUUACAGUUCACGUCGUGUAUCUAUCGAAGAAUCUUGUGGCGAUCAGACGUUGAAAAUAACGCGUUGCAAUAAUUUAGAAACUUCGUCUCGCAACAAAAGUUUGCUUGAGAAAAAUAAACACGUUAUGGAAAUUGACAUUAGUAGUGAUGAUAGAUCUGUGUUGGAAAACAACUCGGUUGGCUCUAUCAAGGAGAUCUCUUCGAGAUCUUUAUGCAGCAAGGCAAUAGCUUCUACCGUGACAAGAGACAACUUCUGCUGCAACGAUUCCUUGAUAAAAGAAGUUUUGGCGGCUAAGGAGACCUUGAAGAAGUGCCUUUCGAAAUCCAGAUGUGAAAGCCAGAACAACGCGAGGCCGAAGACAGCCGCGGAGAAGAAACAGGGUUCUAGUUUUGAUCUCAAUAGCCUCUCGGAGACGUAUUCGAGUGACGCUUCUUCUCAAGGGUGUAACGAUAUUACGUCUCAGAAGGGCUCUAUACCCGCACCCAAUAGAUCUAACAAGACUGAGAAUAUACCUAAUGCCGAGAAGUCUGACAAGAAACAUUCCAAACAAGGUAAAAAUUCCUUUGUGAAGAGAAAGAUGAAAUCACCCAAGGAUAACGAUAAGGCAGAUACCAAAGAGACGAUGGAGGAUACACAUGAGUGCACUACGAUAUCCUUAAAAGCGUUCAAACGAUUCAGCGAAGCCACGUCGAACGAGAGCCUAAUUCGUACUAUAUACUUGAAUGAGGAAAGAAAAAAGAAUCUAAUGGAACGAAGUGACAGUGUUCAGUUGCAAGAUCCACAACGUAGAGAGGAGAAUAAGCUUGCGUCUUACAAGAUUCCCAAAAUAUCGAAAUCUAUGGAUCAGAAGAGUGACAUGAAUAGUAACACGAAAGAAAUUAAUAUCAAGGAAGAUAAUAUGCCAAUAUUGGAACCCGAAAUCACCGUGAAUUUCGACGCGAGUUCCGACAGAGACAGUUCCCGAUCACCUCCAGUCAUUACAAUCCAAGAUAACGAAGAUCUCGAUAUCACGGAGUCCAAAUUGAUGGAUGACAAAGUCAUAAUGUCGAGCGAUAAAAUUAAGGAUGAUACAAAGGAUAUUAACAAAAAAAGCGAGAUGUCUGUCGCAGAUUUCAUAACUCAAUUAGCUUAUCACGAAAAGGCAACGAUAAAGCACAGACGAUACUGUAACCUGUGCGAGAGAUGGUUCCCGACAACAUCGCGGCAUCGACGGCACUUGGCUGGAUACCAACAUCGUCACAUAGAAUUGACACAACGUAGAAGCAUUCACGCACUAUUCAUGCUCUUCACGGGUAAGCCCUGCCCUAGACUACUGCCGGCGAAUGUCGCGCGAAAUGAUUGCUCCGUAGGUGAAUUAACGCCCUUGCAAAUUGCGGUACAGGAUGUCACAAAGAGCUUCGACUGUGCACAGCAAAGUCCUAGGAAGCAGAAUGACGUUGAUACAUAAUAAGGAGUAAGUUAUUUGAACUAAGCAUACAUGUAUAUAUACAUAUACCUACAAUUACUGUGAUCAUAAUAACAUGGCUUACAGUGCAAUCUUCUAUAAACAUUAUUCGCGAUGAUAAUAAAAGAUGAUACGAAUAUUUUUUAUCGCAGCUAGACUGUUAACACGAUUAAUAGCUGCUACUGUUAAUGGCGUCAGCAUCGAAAUUUUAUCUACUAGAUAAAUGGAGCGCUUUAAAACGUUUGCUGAUUUUUAGCUAAGUCAAGUCGAUGAAUAGAUCAUCAUUAACAGAAAGUUACCCGAGAGACAAUUCUAGCUCGCAAUUAGACGUUUAGCCAAAGACUUUAGCAAAGCUAAAAUAAUACACGUUCGAUUAUUUACACUGUUCAGAAGACCCCGGUCUUUUAUUUGUACAAAGUUUUACGAGUGAUUCAAACGCGCUGAAUGUGCUCACUGCGAAUUUUUAUUUAUAUUAUGAAGAGACUUAUAUAUAACACGUAUAUAUACACACAUGGAUAUAUACCUAUAAUUAUAUUUGUCAUUCCAGUUUGGAAAAGAUAUGUACACUGGUAACAUUAUGUUAUUAAGAAACGUAUACGGUUAAAAUUAUGUGAAAAUCUGCGUUUUAUGGUAUAACCAUAUCUCUAAUAAUAGAGACAUCUCGUACAAGAAAAAAAAUGAAACAUUCCUAUAUUAUACAUAUAAAGAUAUUAUAUCAAAAAAUCUGUGAGCUAUGGAACACACAUAAAAGUGAUUUAUCUUGCAUAAUAGAAAGUUUAUAUAACUGUUUGCGCGAUUUAUAUAUAAAUGUAUAAAACAAUCGAUAUAUUAUCACUGUGUGUGUGUGUGUGUGUGUUACUGUAAAAUGCACUUGAAAUAAUCAAACGUUUUACAUUCUUUGUUAUUUCUUUAAAAGUAUAAUUACUCAAAAGUUUUAUUUGCGUAAUAUUUUAUCUCAUUGUUAUUUUAUUUGUAAUAUUUUAUUGAUGUUAUUUUAAAUGUA